GGUUUUAGUCAGGCAGUGAGUUGGGCGCCUGGCCUGCCAGUCUGGGAAAAGAAAAGUCCUCUCCGCGGUCGCGGCGACUAGAAGCGCUCUCUGCUUUCGUCCUCUCCUGCAAGAUGGUUGCUUCCCGGGCCAUUGGCAGCCUCAGCCGCUUCACUGCCUUCAGGAUCCUCCGCUCCCGAGGUUGCAUUUGUCGCAACUUUACAGCGUCUUCUGCUUUGUUAGCCAGAACCCAUGUUAACUAUGGAAUCAAAGGGGAUGUGGCAGUUAUUCGAAUUAACUCACCCAAUUCAAAGGUAAAUACAUUGAACGAAGAAGUACAAUCAGAAUUCCAAGAAGUAAUGAAUGAGAUCUGGAGUAAUGACCAAAUCAGAAGUGCUGUCCUCAUGUCAUCAAAGCCAGGCUGCUUUGUUGCAGGUGCUGACAUUAACAUGUUAGCCUCUUGUAAGACCCCUCAGGAAGCAACACGGAUAUCACAGGAGGGACAGAGAAUGUUUGAGAGACUUGAAAAGUCCUCAAAACCUAUCGUGGCUGCCAUCAGUGGAUCCUGCUUAGGAGGAGGACUUGAGCUUGCCAUUGCAUGCCAGUACAGAGUAGCAAUAAAAGACAGAAAAACAGUAUUAGGUGUUCCUGAAGUCUUGUUGGGCAUCUUACCAGGAGCAGGAGGAACUCAAAGGCUCCCCAAAAUGGUGGGAGUACCUGCUGCUUUUGACAUGAUGCUGACUGGCAGAAACAUUCGUGCAGAUAGAGCAAAGAAAAUGGGACUGGUUGACCAAUUGGUAGAGCCCCUGGGACCAGGAAUAAAACCUCCAGAGGACCGGACAAUUGAAUACCUAGAAGAAAUUGCGGUUACUUUUGCCAAAGGACUAGCUGAUAAAAAGAUCUCUACAAAGAGAAACAAGGGAUUGAUAGAAAAAUUGACAUCGUAUGCCAUGAGUAUUCCAUUUGUCAGACAACAGAUUUACAAAACAGUAGAAGAAAAAGUACGGAAGCAAACCAAAGGCCUCUAUCCAGCACCUCUGAAAAUUAUUGAUGCAGUGAAGACUGGACUCGAACAAGGGAAUGAUGCUGGUUAUCUUGCUGAAUCACAGAACUUUGGAGAGCUAGCACUAACCAAGGAAUCAAAGGCCUUGGUAGGACUUUAUAAUGGCCAAGUCCUGUGUAAGAAGAAUAAGUUUGGAGUUCCACAGAAGGAUGUUAAGCAUCUAGCUGUUCUUGGUGCAGGACUGAUGGGAGCUGGCAUUGCUCAAGUCUCUGUGGAUAAGGGGAUGAAGACUCUACUUAAAGAUGCUACAGUGGCCGGGCUGGGCCGUGGGCAGCAACAGGUGUUCAAAGGAUUGAAUGACAAAGUGAAGAAGAAAGCGCUCACCUCCUUUGAAAGGGAUUCCAUCUUCAGCAACUUGAUUGGGCAGCUUGAUUACCAGGGUUUUGAAAAGGCAGACAUGGUGAUUGAAGCUGUUUUUGAAGACCUUAGUGUUAAGCACAAAGUGCUGAAGGAAGUGGAAGCGGUGGUUCCUGAGCACUGUAUCUUUGCCAGCAACACAUCUGCUCUCCCGAUCAAUCAAAUUGCUGCUGUCAGCAAAAGGCCAGAGAAGGUGAUUGGCAUGCACUACUUCUCUCCUGUGGACAAGAUGCAGCUGCUGGAAAUCAUCACAACAGACAAAACUUCCAAGGACACGACUGCUUCCGCCGUGGCCGUUGGCCUCAGGCAGGGGAAAGUCAUCAUUGUGGUUAAGGAUGGACCUGGCUUCUACACCACCAGGUGUCUCGCACCCAUGAUGUCUGAAGUUAUACGAAUCCUCCAGGAAGGAGUUGACCCUAAGAAGCUGGAUUCCCUGACCACCGGCUUCGGCUUUCCCGUGGGUGCUGCCACGCUAGCCGAUGAAGUAGGUGUGGAUGUGGCACAACACGUGGCUGAAGACUUAGGAAAAGCAUUUGGGGAGCGGUUUGGAGGUGGAAACGUAGAACUGCUGAAACAGAUGGUGGUCAAAGGCUUCCUGGGUCGCAAGUCUGGGAAGGGCUUUUACAUCUAUCAGGAGGGCUCGAAGAACAAGAGUUUGAAUUCUGACAUGGACAGUAUUUUCGCAAGUCUGAAGUUGCCUGCUAAGCCUGAAGUCUCCUCUGAUGAAGAUAUCCAGUACCGAGUGGUGACACGAUUUGUGAAUGAGGCAGUCUUGUGCCUGCAGGAAGGGAUUUUGGCCACGCCUGCAGAGGGUGACAUUGGAGCCGUCUUUGGGCUGGGCUUCCCGCCUUGUCUCGGAGGGCCCUUCCGCUUUGUGGAUCUGCAUGGUGCUCAGAAGGUGGUGGACCGGCUCCGGAAGUAUGAAGCUGUCUACGGCAAGCAGUUCACCCCAUGCCAGCUGCUCCUUGACCAUGCUAGCAGCUCUAGCAAGUUCUACCAGUGACGGCCCCCCUCCCACACACGUGCCCCAUCCACGCACUAACUGCUGCAGUGCUGCUUUUCCCACGGUGCUGUCUGCAAGUAUCAGGAAACAGAGGAAGACCAGCUCCAGCCUGGGCUUGCUCCUUGACUAAGUGCCUUCUGCUCAGGCCACCUCUCCCUCUUGGGGAAGCGUGACUGAAUUAGUGUCCAUUGCAUAUUGGAAGACGGAACCCCCUGUGCUCCUUUUAUAAACCUCAAGGCCCAAGGCAGCAGCUAAGCCCACUAGAACUGUCUUUGCUUCCUCUUUCUCCCAGGAGGCCAGCGGUGGCAGAGAUGGCAAGGGCAUUUCUGCACCCAGCCAAACAGGAUAAUAAUAAAAACCACACUAUCAGCCUG